CAGACAGACAGACGAACAGCCAGGCAACUCUACAGCAUCAGAAAUCAGUCAGUCAAUCUAGUUCCACGGCCAGCUGGUUGCCGAACAACGCCUGUUCGGCGGCCCCCAUCACCUCACGCACUACCUUCACUGUCUGGGGGAAUCUGGCUGCUCCCUCCUUGCCGGCCACCCGACGCUCCGUCGUCCAGAGGUAGGCAUCGGCAAAGCCGGGGGUGCUGUAGAUGUACAGGUGGGCCUCGAAUGUGUGCGAGGGCUGGUCGCCCUGCAGCACCAUCAUGCGCCGGAAGACUGCUUCUCCUGCCCAGUGGCUGGUGCUGAUGGUGUGGCAGCCCCAGAUGGGCGGCGGCUGAGUGGCGAGCGAAUGCUGAAGAGAAAUAGAGAUAUACAAAUGGGGGCAGCUGGUGAGGCAAUCGGGUUGUGUGUGUGACUGACCAGUCGGUCAUAGCGUGGGGCAUCGACGAGCCGGUUGACAUACUGGCCCGCGACCCGCGACCCUCCAGAACGCAUCCUGGUCAGACACAUCAUGGCAGAGCGGUGCAGCCAAUGUGUUCAUGUGUAUCAUUCUGCUCAUAUCUCUCACUGAUACAACACAGCGUCGCGGACUGAAGCAAACGCGUACGCUGCAAACAGACAUACACACGCAACCAAAAAUGGUCCCCCUCCUAUUGCUCUGCCUUCUCUUGCUCACCGUCAAUCUCACACACGGGGCUGGCCUCGUCGUAUCCAUCGCGAAAGGGGUGGUCGGCCGGCAGUGUCUGCAGGGGGCGGACGGUCAGCCGAGACCCGCCCAGCCGCUCCUCGCCAUUGACGCGCUGCAGCGUCACACCGAGGUGGCGGCCGAUCAGCGAGAGCUGCCGCAGCGCCUCACACCGCCCGUCGUAGACCUCCUGGCUGCCCACCGCCUCCACAGCUCUAUCGGCAACCGCCCCUCUCCCCGCCGCUGAUGCUUCGCCACCCUGACGAGGGCCACCGUCGCCGCCCAGUCGCCGCUCUGCUGGACGAUGUGCAGGAAUCGCAGCGAAUGCCCGACGGAUGCCAGGUUGGAGCUGAUGAUGUCCUGGAUGCUCUUGUCGACGAGCUGUGCAUCGAUCUCCAUCUUGACAUAGGCCUCCGACACGCGCUGGCUGCCGAGUGUGGAUGUGCGGCGGAGGCGGGCGAGGCCGCCGGGGCCCAGCAGAGCGAAGAAGACGUCACGCUCGACGUCCGGUAGCAGGUCGAACAGGCCAACGUGCUGGCCGGCCUGAAGUGAAAGGCGGCAGAUUGAAAGGUGUGCGUGUCACCUGUGUGGCUGUGUGUGUAUGUACCGUGUUGCCGUUGGACUGAUCUCGAGGCGCCCUCUCAACUAAUGUGAAGCCCUCAUGCGUCUGCAUCCACCACAAUAGACACACACACACACGCAAGAUGGAUCCCUCAGCAGCUACCGGACCAGUGGGCACAUGAGAAUGCCUACCUGUUGGCCGUGCGGCAAUGCCUUGGCCUGGUGCGGCACCACCACAGCGAACACCUCUGUCCCCUCUACCUCCCUCAUCGACACCCUGGUCGCCAAGCCGGUCUCCUCAGUGCGAUAGACGUCGGCCUUGACGUACACCUGUUUGCCCUUCUCCCGAUUGGCCGUAACCAUCCACACACGCGUGCCGGUCUUGUAGCGCUCGUGGGACGACGGCAGCAUCUGAUGGUUGGAUGGAUGAAACCAACAAACCAAUCAACCAGGUGAACAAGUGAAUGGGCUACUCGUACCUGUGGAUGCGGCAGGUCUGCGGCAGCAGAUGAAGAUGAUGCUGCAGCCGUCAUGCCGCCGCGCUGGCCAAACACAACUGCAAACAGGAGUGCAGAGGCGUACAGUGCAUCCCAUCUUCCGGCCGUGCUUCAUCUCAUCUCAAUGCUCACCGACUGGUUCAGGCUCUCAGUUGAGGCUUUUCAUCAUCGCCAAGCACUCACAGUGAAGCAGUGGGCGCCAAACAAGCUGUGCAAUGAGGCUAUUCACUCAUCC